UCUCGCUCUCUCUCUCUCUCUCAAAACCCUUUUCUUUCUCGUUUUGUCACUCAAAAACCUCUUCAAAACCCCAACUAACAGCUCCCUCCUCCUCCUCCUCCUCCUCCUCGUCACUCCAAAACCAUCACAUUCAGACCACACCUGCGUUUUCAUUCAAUACAGACAGAGAGAGUAAAAAGCAAAAAGCAAAAAGCAAAAGCAAAGAUGUCACAACAAAAGCAAGAAGACAAGGAGCCGCCCUUUGUUCCCCAGUAUUUCGGAACACAGCAGCCGAAACGGAACGUGAAGCCGAGGCCGAUGCCGGCUCCGGAGGACCUCGAGCCGCUGCGGGAGCUGUUCCGCCACCAAAUCGAGUCGUUCGACUACAUGGCGGACGCGGGUCUCUCGAUCCUCUUCGACAGCAUCAAGCCCGUCCAGAUUCACGACUCCUUCUCCAACCGCACCCUCAAGAUCUCCUUCGAGAACCCCAAGCUUUUCCCUCCAAUGAAGGACCGGUCGUCCUCGUCCUCGUCUCUGUCCUCUUCCAAGUCCACGUUUCGCGAGUUCCUGUACCCUUACGAAUGCAGGCAGUUCAAGAGCUCGUACACCGGGGCGUUGAUGGCGGAGGUUUGCUUUCAGUACGACGACGGACCUGUCAUUAGAGAGCGGUUCAAUUUCGGACAGUUUCCAAUCAUGCUCAAGUCAAAGUAUUGUCAUUUGAGAGGUGCAGAUCCCCAGAAACUAGUCUCUUGCAAAGAAGAACCAUCAGAAAUGGGCGGAUACUUCAUCUUGAAUGGUCUUGAAAGAGUGGUUCGACUCUUAAUAUUGCCAAAGCGGAAUUAUCCAAUGAGUAUGGUGCGGAAUUCAUUUAGUGAUCGCAGAGAAGGAUAUACCGAUAAAGCAGUUGUCAUAAGGUGUGAAAGAAAAAAUCAGUCUUCAGUAUCAGUCAAAUUGUAUUACCUUCGUAACGGAAGUGCAAGACUUGGAUUUUGGAUACAAGGGAGGGAGUACUUGCUUCCUGUAGGCGUUGUUCUAAAGGCUCUUGUUGACACGACUGAUCAUGAAAUUUAUGUGAGUUUGACGUGCUGCUAUAGUGAGCGAGAUGAGAUGGAAAAGGGUGCUGUUGGCACUCAGCUUAUGGGUGAAAGGGCAAAAAUUAUUCUUGAUGAAGUUCGUGAUCUGUCUCUUUUCACUCGUCUUCAAUGUCUAGAGCAUAUUGGAGAGCAUUUCCAACCUGUUAUGGAGGGACUGGAAACCAAAAAUUAUUCUGAUGUUGCUGAUUCUGUUCUUGAAGACUACAUAUUUGUUCACCUUGAUAACAAUUAUGACAAGUUCAAUCUGCUCAUCUUUAUGCUGCAGAAACUUUUCUCACUUAUAGAUCAGACAUCUGUACCAGACAACUCAGACUCCUUGCAGAAUCAGGAAGUCUUACUCCCCGGUCAUCUGAUUACCAUUUAUCUCAAGGAAAAGCUAGAAGAUUGGCUGCGCAAGGCAAAAAAGUCUCUUCAAGAUGAGAUCAAUAAAAAGAGCAACAUCAACAACAAGGGCAGCAACAACAAGAACAAAAGUUUUGAUUUUUGCAGCUGUAUGUUAUAUUUUUGAGUGCUUAAAGAAUUGCCAUCUCUUUUCUCCUCUUCUUUUUUAUUCCCCUCUCUUAAUUUCAUUUCCAUAUGAAAUGUGUCUCAAAUGUCAGGGCAGCAUCCCUUUUUUGAUUCUUCUUGAGAUGCUUGAUCUUUGUAAUUUUCCAUUCAUAACAGUUGGGGUAUAUCUUUUUUGCUUCCCAUGUACUUGGGUUCAUCCCUUUUGCAUUUAAUUAAUGAUUCAUUUACUUUAAAAAAGUCUCAACAAGUGUAGCUAGCUGUGGAUGUAUUCUUUGGAUUAUUUUCAGUGCUGAUAGGAAUAGAUUUGUGGGUUAUUCAAUGUGUUGUUGAGAUGUUUUCAGAGUGAGUUGUUGGCAUAAUGUUUGGUGUGGAACUCAACUGUUGAAGGCGUUAUAUCCCAAAUUGUAUUCUUUAUCUGUGGAGAAGGAUGUUUUUGUUCACUCCUGUUUGGAGGUGCUGAAGAGGAGACACGCUCACAGUUUGUGGAUAUUAAUUUUGACUUGAUCUUAUGAUUGGAAUCAGUAAUCAUUUGAAUUGUUCUUUGAUACCUUGUAUCCCAAAAUCCUAAGAGGUAUGGGCCAAUAUAGAUUGAGUUGGAGACUUAAGGGAUGAUAAAUUUGAUAUUCGUUCCCAUGAGGCUUUAAGAUGCUCUGUAGUGGCUUUUCCUUGGAGGAGUGAAUUAUGUACAAUGCUCCCAAAAGAUUGGCUUUCUUUGUUUGGACCGUAGUGUGGAGCAAAAUACAUACAUGUGAUAAUCUUAUGAGGGAGUACACCUUUGGUAAAUAGGUGUUGUACGUCCGAAGAUAGGG